GCAGCACCGCCGAGCGUCAUGGACAAGAGCAACACAGUGAAGCUCUUCGUGGGCAACCUGGCCCUGGACACCACGCAGGAGGAGCUGUCGGCCAUCUUUGAGCCCUACGGCCAGGUGGUCAGCUGCAGCGUGCUGCGGCAGUUUGCCUUCGUGCACCUGCAGGGCGAGGGCGCCGCCGAGCGCGCCAUCCGGGAACUCAACGGGCGGGAGUUCCGUGGUCGUAACCUGGUGGUGGAGGAGUCCCGGGGCCGGCCGCUGCACUCCACCAAGGUGUUCGUGGGGAACCUGAGCGGGAUGUGCACCACUGAAGAUCUGCAGCAGCUGUUCCAGACCUUCGGGAAAGUUCUGGAGUGCGACAAAGUCAAAGCCAGGCAUUCCUCUUCCACAGGCUACGCCUUCGUGCACAUGGAGAACAAGGAGGACGCCCUCCAGGCCAUCGAGGCGCUGCACGGCACCUCCUUCAAAGGGCGCCCCCUGUCUGUGGAGCUGUCCAAGGUGCAGCCCAGCAAGCAGGCGCCCACCGGGAAGAUCCCCUGUGUGAACUGUGGGAAGCAGGGCCACUACGCCGGCGAGUGCCCGGUGGGGAAGCCGUCCCUGGAGCAGUACCAGAGCCAAGCCGCCGUCCUGGCUGCCGCCGCGGCCGCCGCCGCCGGCCUGCCGCUGCAGGUCCAGCAGAGCGUGCACAACUCCGUCUACAACACCUCCACCUUCGACCCCACGUACGCAGCGCUCACUGGGAUCACCACGGGAACUCGCACUGACGGGAACCCGGUGAACCCGGCGGUGUACGGCGCCCUCGCCAGCCAGGUGUACGGCGCCAAUGUCGCCAAUCAGCUUUACGGUUCGGUGGCCAAUCAGGCAGCUCUCACAUCGAGCGCCGCCCAGAUGUACAGCUCCAUGAACCCCAACAUCUACGGCCAGGUGGCUGCGAGUCCGGCGGCUGCGGCUGCGCAUGCGGCUGCGCAUGCGUACUCGGCUCAAGUCUACACCCCCACCAUGAGCAACCAGCCGGUCUACCUGACCGCUGGUCCUGGGAUGGAGAUGCCGUCGGCCGCCGCUGCGGUGAACCAGGCCUACACCGUGUCUCCGGCUAUCUACGGCGCCGGCGGCCAGGCCUACGCCCACAUUAGCGCCAUGGGAGCCGCGGACCACACCCAGGCCAUCUUCGAGGCGGCGCGGCAGGCGCAUUACUUCGCCCAAGGCCAGCACGUCCUGGCCGAGCACCAGGCGGCGUCCAUGGCUGCAGCGAAGUCUGGUGAGCGGGACCGCAGUCCGCUGCGGCGGUCGACGCCCCUGCUGCCGGACCCGGUGAUGAAGCCCUUCAUGUACCAGAGGGUGAAGCCACGCCGACCCCUCCUGCCCACCCCCGCUGGCCGGGCAGCAGAGGAGGCAGCCGAGGCGGCCGAGGACCCGAUGGCGAGGUACUAUGCAGAGUACUACCAGCAGCUGCAGCAGUACCCUCAGUUCCAGUACGCCUACCAGCCGCAGGGCGCCAUGACGGCCAUCCCCGGCAUGUCGGCCAUGUCCGCGGUCCAGGCGAUGUCCGGCCAGCAGGUGGCGGCGCUGGACGCCCUCCGGCCCGUGAGCCACUCCGCCGCGGCAGUGGCAGCCGCCAUGGCCGCGCCCAGGGUGUAUGAGCCGCCGUUGCCGCCGCCCACGCGCAAGGAGGCCAUCCUCCGCCGCCCCGAACUCUCCCUUCACACGCCUGAGCCCCCCUUCCGAUAGUCGCA